CUCUUUAGUGUGUUCAUUUAUUUAGUGUUAUAACUAUGGAGUCUGGGUGUCAUUGUCCUUCGGCGUCAUCUCGCGAUUCUCAUGUCGAGUCUGUGACAUCUGACAUUGAGCAUUUGAAUCGUUUUGCGAGCGCCUCUCUUGUUGGUGACCGCAAUGCUAUGAUAUCUAGUUUUAAUGGGUUUUCAUGGCGUGAUCGCCGUGUUUUAUCGCAUAUGGAGCGUUAUUGUUCUGCAGAUCCCUCUGAGCGUGAAUUGAUUGAUGAUGUGUAUCGUGUGUUAUGUCCAUUAUCUGAUAAGGUACAUGGGCCAUCAUUUAAUGCUAUGAGUUUGUGGUUAAAGGCUCGUUUGCAUUUGCAGCAUGAAAAAUCUCCAUUUUCUCCUAUUAAACGCUAGUCUACUUUUUUUUGGUGGAUCAUUGGUUCUUAGCA